AUGAAGUUGCUGCUUCUUUUAUUCAUUUGCCUCUCCGUAUCUGAGGGGCAAGUUAGAGUUCCCCUGAAAAGAAUGAAAUCCAUUCGAGAGAACAUGAAGGAGAAAGGAGUUCUGGAAGAGUUUAUGAAAACCCACAUUAAAGAACCAGCCAUUAAAUACAACUUAAACAGUCAGAGCAACUUUGGGGUCGCUUAUGAGCCCAUGUAUUUGGAUACCUAUUAUUUUGGUGAGAUCAGCAUAGGAACCCCAGCCCAGAACUUCCUUGUUGCUUUUGACACUGGUUCUGCCAAUCUUUGGGUCGCUUCUACAUAUUGUCAAAGUCCAGCCUGUACCAAUCAUCCAUUGUUCAAUCCUUCUCAGUCUUCCACAUAUAGUUCCAAUAAUCAACAAUUUUCAAUGUGGUAUGGUAGUGGCAGCAUGACUGGAGUGCUGGGUUAUGACACAGUCACAGUACAAGGACUCUCCAUUCAAAACCAGGAGCUGGGUCUGAGUAUCACUGAACCAAGCAGCUUUUUCUAUUAUUCUAAAUUUGAUGGUAUUUUUGGGAUGGCCUAUCAGUCAAUGUCAGCAGGAGGUGCCACAACCGGCAUACAGGGUUUGAUACAACAAAAUCUUAUUCCUCAGCCUGUGUUCAGCUUCUAUCUCACUAGUCAAUCUGGAGAAGUAAUAUUUGGUGGCGUGGACAGCAGUUUAUAUUCAGGCCAGAUCUAUUGGACUCCAGUUACUGAGCAGAUCUACUGGCAGAUUGCCAUUGAUGAAUUCUCUGUAAAUGGACAACCAAGCGGCUGGUGCAGUCAGGGCUGCCAGGGCAUUGUAGAUACAGGCACUCCUCUUCUCACCAUCCCAAAGCAGUACCUUGUUAACCUGCUAGAGGAACUAGGUGCCCAGCAAGGACAAAAUGGAGAGUAUUAUGUAAAUUGCAACAAUGUACAAAAUCUACCAUCUAUCAGCUUCACCAUCAGUGGAAGCCAGUUCUCCAUUCCUCCUUCAGUAUACAUCUUACAGAUCAAUGGAAACUGUGUUGUUGGAUUUGAGUCAACAUACCUGCCUUCACGGAAUGGUCAGCCACUUUGGAUUCUAGGAGAUGUGUUCCUUCGGCAAUACUAUUCUGUUUAUGACUUUGGCAACAACCGAGUUGGCUUUGCAGCCAUGGCUUGA